UUUCCUCAGCGUCAGCUAUUUUCGUUACACCGGUCACUCUUCUGUAUGCCACCCGCCCGGAGCAAUGGCCUGUGAAUGUUUUGCGCUUUAGCUACAAACAGCAAACUCGAGCCGAGUGCAACAACGGACAACACUAGCUACUAUACACACACAGUAAGAUGGUGCUGGAACGCCAAAGCCUUUCCUCAGGCAAACUUAAACCUCGUAUGUCCAAUAAGGAACGCUUUCACUGCGUCAAUCCAGAGAUCAACCUCUCAUUGUACCCAGCAUUAAUAGACUGGCUUCCAUGCAAUCAUGAAUAUCAUGUCUGUGACUACACGACCAUAAGGCAGACUCAGGACCAUGUAGAUUUUUCUGCCACCCUGAGAAUGUCUAUAUCUACUGUUGAAGAAGUGCAGCAAUGGGUGAAGGACUCGACCAUCACCUGGAGGAUUGAUCGAACCAGACCACCUAAGGGACAGAGAGUUAUUUUUAAGGUGGACUACAGAUGCCAUCACAACACAAAACCAAGGAACACCAUGGAACCAUCUGGGAGACGGACCAAAAACACAAACUGUCCUGCAAAGAUGAGCAUAACUCUCCAUCGCCCACAGGGAAGCAAUGGAAGGCAGUGUCGGAGCACAGAUCCUCACAUGCCAGCUUUCCCGACACUUGUGCACAUCACCAAUGAGCACAACCAUAACUUGCACGUACCAGAUGCAUUGAGGUACAAGGAUGUUGGACCUGAAGCCAUACAAAAGCUAAAGAAGCUUUUUGAAGCUGGUCAUUCACCAUCUACAGCCCUGGACGUUUUAAAAUACGACCUCCAGCUUGAACUCGGGGAGGAUUUUGCAUAUGCAUCAGCAGACCGAUCCAUUUGUCCUGACAUUCAGUUCUGUUACAGACUGUACCACCAAGUUACUAAGUCUCUCAGAGAAUCCAGUCCAUCCUGCUCAAUUCUUCCCACCCAAGACACAACGACAACUUGGGUAACGGCUGAUCCGAUGGGGCAGACAUGCAUCAUGGAACAUGAGAUUGUCACCACAGAAGUUUCAGAGGAGGACAAUCCCACAGACAAGCUGAAGUCAUGCUUAUCUGAUCUGUGUGACAUCAUUGAGAAACAGCCAGGCGUGUGGUCUGCAACACAGGACUUUAUUAAUGGAAUUGAACGGGUCCAGCACAACCCUAUCAAGCUAGCAUCAGCCAUGCAUGCCUUUGGUCGCUACAGCUGUCUCCUAAUGAAGAAAAGGGCUAAAACGAUGCGGAGGGGUUCUCAGUGUGCUGGACUCUUAGUUACUGCCCAGUCCACACCAGUGGCUAGGAGGAGGUCCACGCUUGGCGGGAGACGACGGCUAACAGUGGGCAGACAAAGCAAGACGACCUCAGGGCCAGAUCAUGAGUACAGCCAGCCAGAAAAAAGACAGAGAUGCUCUGCGUCUCAUGUCUUUUCACACAGCAUGGCAAAAACCAAAUAACUAUAGAGCUUUAAUCAAUUAGUUUUAGUAUAGCAGUUGUGGCCCAUCACCUCUUUGCUUGAAAGGAGAUAGACAUGAGCUUCAGUGCGUUUUGUUAUGGAUGCGUUUUGUUUAAUGUAUACAAUUUUUUUUACAAAUAUCUAAAAUGGGCUUGCUGUCUGAUUUCAUAAAAAGAAAAAAAAACAACCAACCUUAUCCCUCACCAUGGCUUUACUUAGGCCCACAAUAUUUCUAAAUCUGCACUUAUUUUUGUAUAUCAUAAUUCUUUGAGAUGUAACAAAAUGGCACAACACUCAUUGUCUGCUCUAACAGCAAACUUUACAUUUGAAUUACAUGAUAAUUACUUGAUGACACCUGUAUAUAUAAAUAAAAAUAAUUUGACUUUGCUCUCCUAAAAAAAGGUAUUCCAUCGUUACAGGCGACCACUGUUUCUAUGAAAUUAGCGCUAGUUCAUGCUUUUUAAUUUGCAUUCUACAAUGACGAUACUCCACAAGUUUUACCUUUUCUUCUAGUGAGACAGAUGGACACCUGCACUGAUGUUGACUUUUGUAGAAAGAUUAAUGAAACCUGGAAUGUUGAUGCAAGUGUGAGCACAUGAGGUGACUAAUGUAUGCUGUGAAUGGAUUCUAAAAACGGAUGAAGUUCUACAACAAACGGAUUUUUGUUUAACAUGUCUAUGCUCAUAAAACUGAGUUAGUGUGAACAAAUGAGUCUGUGUUUGGAAGUGUGUGCUCUGCAAUGACUGAGUAAGUGCAUUAUGAAAAUGCUGUUGUGGGAAAAAUACCUUACAGGUUUUGUUAAAUGAGAAUAAAAAAAGUUCUUUUGUUUGUGA